ACAAUUGACAUUACUACUUAAUCGUCUUAAUUAUACUGCAAACACCGAAAUAUUGAAUUAUAUGGUGUAUACAAAUUAACAACAACAUGUUUUCGCAUGUUAUAUUAUUAGUUGAAAAUAUAUUUUGUGACAUUAUAAGUGCUAAUGAUUUAUAUUUAAAGUACUAAUAUUAUGUUGUGACCAAAAAUGUUUAACGGAACAAGCAGCGCUAUUACGGCAACUUCCUUGCUUAAAACUUCCACAGGCAGUGUUAGUCAAGGUACGGAGACUAUGAAGGUCGAAAACGUUUCUAAACCUGCCACAUCGAAAGAUAAUACGCGUGACAGUUCAGAGGAUCUCCUUGAUCUCAAGGGAAAAGUAGAAUCACGUUUACUAUCAAUGUGGAACAAUGUUAAAUUCGGAUGGACCGUUAAGAUUAAAACAAAUUUUUCCAAAGAGUCUCCUGUCUGGUUACUAGGUCGGUGUUACCAUCGCAAAUUGAGUCCUACGGGGUCUUUGGAAUCUUCAACCGAAAUUGGCACAGAAGCCACAGCUCAUGAACAGAUGGAACAAAUAUAUGGCGAAGGUAUUGAAGGGUUUAAGUCGGACUUUAUUAGUAAAAUUUGGAUGACAUAUCGAAGAGAGUUUCCCACUAUGUCAGGAUCCUCUUUCACAACAGAUUGUGGUUGGGGUUGCAUGCUUCGUAGUGGACAAAUGAUGUUAGCUCAAGCUCUUGUAUGCCAUUUCCUUGGUCGCUCGUGGAGGUGGUCGGAAAAACCAAUACAAAAUGGUAGAGAAUUCCAAGAAGACUGCCUCCAUCGCAUGAUUAUUAAAUGGUUUGGUGAUAAAUCAUCUGUUAAUAGCCCUCUUUCAAUUCAUCAGAUGGUAACUUUAGGUGAAGCAUUGGGAAAAAAGCCAGGUGACUGGUAUGGUCCUGCGUCGGUAGCUCACUGUCUCAAAUCAGUCAUGGUUGAGGCUUCGAAAGAAAACUAUGAAUUUGAUAAAUUAGAAGUUUAUGUUGCUCAAGAUUCAACCAUUUAUAUUCAGGAUGUGUACACACACUGUAGAUUGCCUAAUGGUUGUUGGAAAUCACUCAUACUUCUGGUACCUGUAAAAUUGGGUACUGAAAGGUUGAACCCUAUUUAUGGUCCCUGCUUAACAUCGCUGUUGACGCUAGAUUUCUGCAUCGGAAUUAUUGGUGGCCGUCCCAAACAUUCCCUUUAUUUUGUGGGAUAUCAAGACGACAGACUUAUACAUUUGGAUCCUCAUUACUGCCAGGAAAUGGUCGAUGUGUGGCAGCCGAAUUUUUCUUUACAAACAUUUCAUUGUCGUUCUCCAAGGAAGAUGCCUAUCAGUAAAAUGGAUCCAUCUUGCUGCAUAGGUUUCUAUCUUCAAACGCAUCACGACUUUGAAUCCUUUGUGAAUGUUAUAAAUACGUUCCUAACUCCACAAGGCGUUUCUUCCAGUAAUGAGUACCCAAUGUUCACGCUUCAUAGUGGAUCUCGCAGCACAGUUAUGAACCCACCUAACAUUCGUUACUCGAUAUAUGAAUCGGAACACAAUUGGGCGGCUCCAAAUUUACAAGACAGUGACACUGACAUGGAAUCAGAAGAAUUUGUUUUACUUUAAUAUAUUUAAAUAAUCUGCUUAAUUGUAUACGCUAACAAAGCUUGUAUGAACCGGAAUACCACCUAACAUUCACAACUUCAUAGCUUCUUUUAAAUAAUACUUUGUAUAUUUUUAUUUAGACUAUAGCAUAAAAAAUUCAAUUCAGAUCAAGGUAAUAAAAAUCAAAUAACAUAGUUGUUACAUCACUAAUGACCGUUUUAUUGAUUGUCACAAAGUUUAAUAGGCAUAUAAGUGGAGAUAUAAUGGGAUGAAUUAAAUUAAUUGUGAUAAAUCAUACCAAAACGUACAGAGGUUUACAAUAUUUAAGGCAAACAGAGGUUUAUAUUAGUGGAAGACUGUAGUUGACAGCAACAUGUUAAAUAACUAACUGG